AGAGGAUGGUGUAUAUAAAUGGGGCGUGGUGUGUGUCAGUGUGUGUGGAGCCUGGCGCAGUAGAGCACCUCUCCUCACUCGUCCCUACCACAACCACCACACCCUCCUGCUGCCAUGGCCGCCCUAGCUCCUGUUGUCAUCGACGGUAGCUACUUAGAAGGGGGGGGUCAGAUACUUCGUAUGGGACUUGCUCUCAGUGCAGUGAAGAAUAUACCCAUUACUGUCAAUAAAGUCCGAGCUGGAAGGAAAACGCCUGGACUGCGCCCUCAGCACUUAACAGGGCUUCAGGUAGUUAGAGAUGCUUGCAAUGGUCAGUUGGACGGAGGUCAGAUUGGAUCAUGUGAAGUGAGUUUUUAUCCUGGCCCUAUAUCUGGAGGCCGAUACAUGGCAGACACUCAAACAGCAGGGAGUGUGUGUUUACUGGUCCAGUCAGUGCUUCCAUGUGCACUGUUUGCUAACACUCCUUCACAUUUUAUUCUCCGUGGUGGUACAAAUGCCGAGUUUGCUCCACAGGUUGACUAUACAAUACAGGUCUUCAGAAAAGUUGCCUCCUGGUUUGGAGUGGAAUUUAAGCUGUACAUCAAUAAAAGGGGAUUUUAUCCGGUGGGAAAAGGUGAAAUAUCUUUAGAAGUAAAACCUGCUUCGAAAGGUCUGUAUGCAGCCGACUUUACAGAUUUUGGUGAAGUUGUAUCAGUUUAUGGUAGAGCAUUUGUUUCUGGAGCUCUUCCUGUGAAGGUUGCACACAAAAUGGCAGAUUCUGCAGAACAACUGUUACGUCAAAAGUUGCCGAAAAAUGUUGAAAUUUACAUUGAUCGAGUGAAAGAACAUCCUGAGAAAGCAGUAGGAAAUGGCUCUGGCAUUGUGUUGUGGGCAGAAACGACCACUGGAUGUGUCCUUGGUGGGUCUGCACUUGGCAAGAAAGGGAAAGAUGCCGAGGAUGAUGGAAUCUUUGCAGCAAAUGAAAUCAUGGAAAGCGUUGACAGACGUGCCUGCUUGGAUAAAUAUUCACAAGAUCAGGUUAUCAUCUUCAUGGCAUUGGCAGAGGGAAAAUCCAGGAUACGCAUUGGACCCCUUACUGACCAUACCAAAACUGCAAUGUGGGUGGCAAAGCUUUUGACAAAGGUCGAAUUUAACAUCACAGAAGAAGAAGGUAGUGACUGUAUAUUUGUUGAGUGUGAUGGUAUUGGGCAUACCCCAAUGAAAAGAAAAUAGUAAAUUGGUUAUAUAUAUAUAUACAGUAUAUAUAUAUGUAUAUGUGUGUGUAUUUAUCUUUGUUUAGUCAUGCAUUUGAUGGUUAUCGGUUGUUAUAGCUACCUUUAUUGACCACCGUAAUUUCAUUCAGUGGAUUUUGUCCUUAAAUGUAUUAAGUAUUUUGCACGGCUGGUGCAAAAUACUGGUUCGUAUGGAGUCAUCUCGCAUUGUAGUGUAAUUGUUUUAGUUUUUUCUAGUGCCAUAAUCCCAGAAUAGUUCAGUACUGAAAUCUUGUGUAUAUUAACACAAGUUUGUUUGGCUCAAAGAUGGCUCAAUAUUUAUUUCUGGGUUUACCUGUAUUGAGAUUUUUAUGCACAGACAAAAAUUGAUAAACUGAUGCUGUUAUUCUUCUUUCAACAGUAUUUAAUUUGUUGUAUUAAUCAAAUUUAAUACAAUUGUAAAAUUGGUUUAUUCGUAAUUUGUGUAUUAGUUGUAGUGACGUAGGCUACUCUAGCAAAGACAAUAACGUGAGCAGUUUUCAGGUCCAGUAUUACUUGUAAUUUGUAACAUAUGAUUUUGACUUUUAUAAUUUUAUAAUUUUACAACAUUAAAAACAAACACUAACAUUAAGAUGCUUCCAUCAAAUUUUCUUAGUGAACACUUGUCAUAGAUAGUGCUGCUUCCCAAGGUCUUUCACAUUUCAGAUAUUACUCUGGAAAGCCAUUGUUUAAAAGAAAAUUGUCAAUAAAUGAUAAUCCGUAUUUUUGUUUUACAGAUUCAUAGCGAUAUUGAAAGUGGUUUAGGAAUAAAGUGUGCAAAUUUGUAUAAAACACAAAGCUAUGCAUUGUACGAUUGGUAAGUGAUAUUGCAUUUUAAUAUUUCAAACAGGAAAUUGUAAAAUAGUGGAAUUAAACAUAACUUUUCUUGGAAUAAAAAGACAAUAAGUCACUUGACAAACAGUAAGUCACUGUCAUUGGAAAUUACUGUGCUGCAAUAAAUUUUUGCAAGCUGACCAAGCACAUUUUU